UCUUAUAAGUGGGGAGCAGCACUUGCUGGUAAACGGCGUCCAGCGUCCCAGAGGUAGAGCACUUCAACAUGCCAUCAGCCCCCUGCUGGGGGACUCCAUUGGCACAGAGGCGAGGUCGUCUGACUCAGGGCUAAGCACAUUCGACUCCGGCUGCCGACAUUUUUAAUACCCACAGGACCCACCCACUCACUCACUCUUGCACGCCGACUCUGGCUGUGGACUGGGUCGCCCAGAAGACCACGCCUUCCGACCUUCUGUACCACCCUACUCGUGCUCGUGUGUUUUCAUAACUGUGUGUGCUGCAAGCCUGCAACAAUCAUGGCUUCUCGUUCUCGGGUCUCCUCCAUCGCCGCAAUUGUCAAGUCGAGAAGAAGAUUACCGUCGUCGUCGCGUGCUUUGGUUGUCGUCUUCAUCCUUUGCGUUGCGGUUUCUCUUCGACCCAUCGAAGCCAAGGACCGUGCGUAUGGCAGUAUAGCUAUAGCGGAUGUGGACGUCGAUGACCCCAGCGAAACGAAGGUCCUGGAGCCUAGCCAUAGCCGUGCAGCUAUCGGAGACCGCGAGAGUGACGAGCAUCUGCAGCCCGACGACCAGGAAACGAAGGAGCGUGGCUAUGGCGGCACAGCCAUGGGAGAGGUCGAGGAUGAGUUGCCGCCGGCGGACCAUCUUGAGCCCCAGCAAACGAUGGAGCGUGGCGAUGGCGGCGGCAGUAAGCUUCGUCUGGCCCAAGUCGGCGAGCUCGACGACCAUCGUGAGCCGGAUGAAGAGGAAGGGUCUGAGAGACAGAGCGACUCCUUGUUGAAGUUUUUGGAGCUCGGCAAGACCGGCCGAGAGCUGCGAGAGUGUAAUCCAGCCACCUGCAGAGGAGCGAGACGCUGUUGCAACGGGACGUGUACGUUUGUCCAGUUCAAUGCGAAGAACUGUGGAGCGUGUGGCGUGGUGUGCGGCAACGAGAAGGACUGCUGCAAGGACGUGUGCAUUGACCUGGACACCGACUUUUCGAACUGUGGUCGCUGCGGGGCUGCAUGCAGUCGUGGAAGCACGUGCUGUGGAGGCCAGUGCGUCUCGUUGGCCAGUAGUCCGACGAACUGCGGCAGGUGUGGGCUGAGAUGUGUGCGAGGGAGCUCGUGCUGCGGGGGGAAAUGUGUGAACGUGCGCGUGCAUAGAAGCCACUGCGGGAGGUGCGGCCGAGCUUGUCCGGCUGGCAAUGGCUGCUGCAAUGGCCAAUGUGUCCCGCUGAGUACCAGCAAUAACUGCGGGUCCUGUGGCAAAGUGUGUAGCAUCCAAGAGAACUGUUGUAGCGGCAAGUGUGUGAACACCAAACGGGACAAGAACCACUGUGGGAAGUGUGGCAACGUGUGUGAGAACAACUUGGCCUGCUGCAACGGCCGGUGCACUGACCUGGAGUAUAACGACGACAGCUGCGGAGCUUGCGGCCGGCGUUGCAGGCUCGAUUCCGCCUGCUGCGGAGGCAGUUGUCAUGACCUCAGCAAUGACGACGAGCACUGCGGAACAUGCGACAAUCCCUGCGCCUUGCCAUUCAUCUGCGCCUAUGGAAACUGCUUACACUACUAAGCUACUACUCUCUCUCUCUCUCUCUCUCUCUCUCUCUCUAGGCACUUGUCAGGACCUCAGCAAGGACGACGAGCUCUGGGGAGCAUGCGACAAUCCCUGCUCGUUCCACUCAUCAGCGCCUACGGAAACCGCUCGCGCACUUCUCUCUCUCUCUCUCUCUCUCUCUCUCUCUCUCUCUCUCUCUCUCUCUCUCUCUCUCUCUCUCUCUCUCUCUCUCUCUCUCUGUGUGUGUCUCCAUGUAUAUGUACUUGAGUGCUUAUUCCCAGACACCUAUUGGCACACUCUAGAGACUAGAGAUAAAGCAUUCAGGGAUGAAAAAGCGGGACGUACUUUCCUGAUGUCGAGUAUGGCACUGAGACUGUGAGACAGACUUAGGGGGGACGAAGAACGGAGGGAGAAUCAGAACGAAGGAAGGAUGUGACAAGCAGUUCAGACAACUACCGGUAGCUCUAGGUCGGAUGCAUGCAGGUCUCUUAUCCCACGUGGAUGAACAUGUCGAGAGAAAGUCCGUACUGAUGAUGACGACGACGUAGUCUUAUUAUAGACCAUUUUCGAAAAUUUAAUGCCUUAUACCGUUAUACGGCACAGGUGACAGGUGUGACAGAAGAAGUGGGUAUGCAUUGGGGAAUAUCCAUCACGGAUGAUUUCUCCUCUCUGUACCGUCAAACUGACCAGUGACAGCAAUCUCAGUUUGCCCUGUCCGUGCGGGUGAAGACAUGCUGCAGAACGGGAAGUUCAGAAACAGGACUUCCGCUAUUCCGGUGAGUCUGGUAAGUCGUGUCCGUACAGGUGAUCAGGUACGGACCGUACGGUUAGAGGCUGAGUUACUGAGUACACUAAGUACAGUACAUAAUAUUCCGGUGAGGCUGGUNCUAAGUACAGUACAUAAUAUUCCGGUGAGGCUGGUAAGCCGUGUCCGUACAGGUGAUCAGGUACGGACCGUACGGUUAGAGGCUGAGUUACUGAGCACACUAAGUACAGUACAUGAUGUUCCGGUGAGGCUGGUAAGCCGAGUCCGUACAGGUGAUCAGGUACGGACCGUACCGUUAGAGGCUGAGUUACUGAGUACACUCAGUACAGUACAUAAUAAUGUCAUGAUUGUGGUGUCUAGAAUGUCCGAUGUACAUUAUCAGAGAAAGGUACUCGUUAAGUUUAUGGGCACGUCGUUUGAGGGGCCAUGUGGUCCGUAGCGAAAUCAGGUAGCUACCGCCUAGACGAGAGUCUUCUGUAAGUUCUGUUCUCUCAACUUAUAUCGAGUCAAAUAUGCCGUUGACUAGUCGUAGUAUUGGAUUGGGACGCCGUGGCAUGCGGGGGGCUGUGCCCUGAUGGGCGGAUGGGACGGAGGCGAAGGACAUGAUGAUGAUGAUGAUGAUGAUGGCCGUGGUCGAUCACGUAGAGGACGGUAGAGCGGCUUUCCUUUAGAAAACUUUAAGAAGAGAAAAAAAAAAAGCAGGGAAACGUGUGAGCAAGCCCUUGUUAGGAUUCUUAGGAAUGACGAGGAAUCCUACGCUUUGCGGCUUUGACUAGCGUACUCCACCUGCCCCGUAGGGGACAUCGCACUCCGACAGCUGAUUUGUGAAUGCUUGUCCUGUCGUAACACUGUCGUUAGCUGCGGGCCUGUGUCUAUAAUACUACCGUCUUCACCCGAAUAGAACGCCCGGUAAUUAUGGCCGUAUCUGGACUGAAAAGUGCAUCAAAUACGGCUAUAUUGACCGGGCGUUCUAUUCCGUUGAAGACGGUAGUAAGACGUGAACUUCGACGUAAUAGGCCCCUGACUCAGUUGACUGUGCUCACAUGCAUGAUGAUCAUCCAGGAAAUCCUAGUGUGUGUCCGGCUGCUGCGGCUGUAAUUACGACCUCAGCCUGAGGAAUUGUAAAAUGCCAACGCAAGUCUUAGAGCAAACGUAG